AGCUUUCAGGCGCACACCGACCGCAGCGCAGUCCCGGGCCGAAAGCCUUCCUGUGAGCUCAGAGAGAAGAGCUGAAGGGAAAAGUUGCAUCGCGCGUGGUUCCCGCAGUUUUUCCUUCUUUGAUGCGUUUGUUUUUCGGAGCUGUGGUGGAAUGGUUCACUUUUCGUCACACAGCAGUCUGAACUGUGAGAGAAGGCGCUUUAUGUCUUUCUAAGGUACAAGCCUCCCUUUGUCUAAGCAUUGCUACUACAUUUGGUGCACCAUGGUGAUCAUGACAGACACCAGCAGGGCUGCUCAGCCCAGCCCUGCGCAGGGGAGGCCACUUCAGGUCGGCUUCUAUGAGAUCAUCCGCACCCUGGGGAAAGGAAACUUUGCAGUGGUGAAACUGGCCAAGCACAAAGUCACCAAAACACAGGUGGCAAUAAAAAUAAUUGAUAAGACCAGACUGAGCCCCUCUAACCUGGAGAAAAUUUACAGAGAGGUGCAGAUAAUGAAGCUGCUGAACCAUCCCCAUAUCAUCAAGCUCUACCAGGUCAUGGAGACCAAAGACAUGCUGUACAUUGUCACAGAGUAUGCAAAGAACGGUGAGAUGUUCGACCACCUGACCUCAAACGGCCGCAUGAGUGAAGACGAGGCACGGAAGAAGUUCUGGCAGAUCCUCACGGCCGUGGACUACUGCCACCGGCAUCACAUCGUUCACCGCGACCUCAAAACCGAGAACCUGCUGCUGGAUGCCAACAUGAACAUCAAACUGGCCGACUUUGGAUUUGGGAACUUCUACAACGCAGGGGAGCCUCUGUCUACGUGGUGCGGCAGCCCGCCUUACGCCGCUCCCGAAGUGUUUGAGGGGAAAGAGUAUGAGGGACCACAGCUUGAUAUUUGGAGCCUUGGUGUAGUGCUUUACGUUCUGGUCUGCGGCUCUCUUCCGUUCGAUGCACCCAGCCUUCCCGCUCUCAGACAGAGAGUCACAGAGGGACGAUUCAGGAUUCCCUUCUUCAUGUCCCAAGACUGUGAAAAUCUGAUCCGUAAGAUGCUAGUGGUGGACCCGGCCAAAAGGAUCAGCGUAACCCAGAUCAAGCAGCACCGCUGGAUGCUGGCCGACCCGUCGGCUGCCCACCAGACCCUCAGCCAUUCCCUCACAGAGUACAACUCCAACCUGGGCGAUUACAGCGAACCGGUGCUGGGCAUCAUGAACACGCUGGGCAUCGAUCGCCAGAGGACAAUCGAGUCUCUGCAGAGCAGCAGCUAUAAUCACUUUUCCGCCAUCUACUACCUGCUGCUGGAGCGAGUGCAAGAGCAUCGCGCUCAGCAACUGAGUCGUCAGUGUGGGACCUGGAGCCAGAGGCCCCGCAGUACGUCCGACUCCACCUGCCCAGAGGUCAUCAUGGAGUCCAGUGAGCGUUUUAGAUCUACUCCUUUCUCACUCCCAUCCAAAAACACUCCUCCUGUGUACUCCGAGGUGGAGUGCGACCAAGGUGGACUAUUCCAGCGGGUGGUGUUCCCGGUGGAGGCCAGCCUGAACAGACUCCUCUGGAACCGCUCCAUCUCACCCAACAGCCUGCUGGAGACCAGCAUCAGUGAGGAGGUGCGUCCCAGGGACCUGGAGGAGGAGGAGGCCACGCAGAGCCUCGGGCCCUUGCUUCCGCCCACAACGUCCCGCAGACACACUGUGGCCGAGGUCUCCGCCCGUUUCCACCAGUGCAACCCUCCAUGUAUUGUGGUGAGUCCCUCAGACGGAGCGUCGUCAGACAGCUGUCUGAAGUCCUCAUGCAGUCCUGCUCCCACACUGCAGUCUGCUGUGGGGGAGAUGUCAACACUUCUGGCCUCCAGGGCUGAAGGUGGAACUGGGCUUCCUGCCGGAGCUCCUCUGGCUCUCUCCUCCCACCUGGUGCCCCAAGCUCAGAGCAGCCUGCCCGCUGUCAGCUUCCAGGAAGGCCGCAGGGCCUCCGACACCUCCCUCACACAAGGCCUCAAAGCUUUCCGCCAACAGCUGAGGAAAAACACGCGCACCAAAGGCCUUCUGGGGUUGAAUAAGAUCAAAGGUCUGACCAGGCAGGUCGUUCCCCCUCCCACCUCCAACCGCGGCAGCCGAGGCUCCCUCGGCCCGGCCUUCUCCGAGCAUCGCAGCAUGCUGGAGGAGGUGCUGCACCAGCAAAGGAUGCUGCAGAUUCAGCACCAACCUCAACCCCAGGUCCAGGCCCCCCAGACCGGACCUACCCAGAACCCCCUGCUCUUCCUGGCCCAGCAGCAGUCGCCCUCUCCUCCACCCGCAGCCACGUUUUCCCCUUCCUCCAUCUUUGAUGCUCCCGCCGUCCAGCCCGCCCUGCCUCCUCCUCCUCCUCAGCAGCCGGCUCCGGCGGGCCUCUGGCAUCAAACCCUGGAGUCCUCCUCCUUCUCUGGCUGCUCCUCGCCUACGUCCAGCUGCUACUCCUCCUCCAUGUCCCCAGUGGCCUCCGCCGCCUACAUGCUCGAGGCGCGCCUGCACAUCAGCCAGCAGCCCCAGCCUCUCCCCUUCGCCGUCCUGCAGCAGCCUCAGUCCGCAGCACAAAGCCCCUUCCCCGUCCCGUCCAAGCUGGCUGUGUGGAGCAUGGGCCCGGUCUCCGGCGCCGACUCCGGCAUGCAGGAGCUGGGCCUGGCCGGACAGCAGCAGCUCAGCAGCUGCGUGAUGGUGAAAUAAAAUGGAGGACUGUCCCCAGGAAACAACAGAGCACAACUGAGUGAAAGAAACAAAAAGUUGAUGCAAGCGACAAACUGGCACGUGAGAAUGUGUCCACCUUUGUGUGCUUUUUGAGACCAGAUAAGCUAAAGACUAAGCAAUAACCAAACUCUGGAUUGAGGCGGUGAUUUCAGCAGCCAGAGAAGCAAUAAGAGCGAACGGCUCUCUUCCAGCUCUCCCGACGGACUCACUAGAAUGAGAUCAGCUGAAAUAUUUGACUCUCGAAUUCUGAUGCUGUCUAAGUGAACAAGAAGAUUCCCUCCUCUGCUCUUUGUUCGACUUCUUCUUUGGUUAAGUAAGACCAAAAUUCUUCCCCACUUUGUUCGCCUUUCUAGAGACUUUUCUCUGUAGCAGUGCAAUGAACAUGCAGUACAGCGCUCUGAGCUCGAAAGCGUUCACUGAAGGACUUGUAUGGAAACUGUGACGAUUUUUUUUGUUUGUUUUGUUUCAGUGCGAGAUUGUUUAUGCUGCGCAAAAUGCUGCUUUUUACCUCAAGCUGCAGGAAGACUGUGAUGUAGUAAUCAGCCAAAACUGAAUGAAGACGUGGUUUCGCUGAUUUAGUUAAAGCACAAACAGGUACAUCGGGGUGAAGAUCCACAAUGUCUUCGUUUGCUGAGCGCCUCCAUGUUAGAUGCUUUUACUACCUCCUCAGGCAACAGGGUGAAAUCACACCGGAGAACACGUUUUCACGUUAGACAUGGAAGAGCAGACGCAUUGCUGCCCUGUAGAAAAGAUACGUCAGCUCACCCGCCAUAUUGUGAGUGGCAAAUUGACCUUGACGAGCAAACUGAGCAAAAAUAAAAGAAGCACUAAAAGUUUACGUUCAACUAAAUUGCUAUAUGCAAUAUUUGUUCACUUAAUACCAACAGAGACAAAAAAAUGUAUUUGAUGUAAAAAUAGUGAACAACAUUAGUGAGCAAUAAGAAUUGACAUUGCUUUCUCUAUUAUAAUUCACCUAAAUCCCUCGGGACAGAACUACCUUCUAUAUGCUUUUGCCCUCACACUAUUGCGGCAUUGACCUACGAUCUGGACGCUCCUGAGGCGUCUCCACUUCUUUGUCCUUGUUUUUCACUCCCAGUGUAUCAGAGGAAAGCUGGACAGAACAAAGACUGUGGGAACAGUGCAAUAUUUCACACAGAAACUCGACGGAAAGACAAGGUUAAAAAUUACGUGUUCUGCCUGAGGUUUUCCUUCGUUUAUUUUUUAUCUUUAAAUGUGUUUGAUCUCGCUUUGCUAGCUGGCCGACCAGAAAAGGUACUCGUUAUUAUGCGAUCCAAUAAACAUGACACUGUAGUGAUUUAGAGGAAGGCAUUUAAAAACAACAACAAACAAACAAACAACUGCUGCUUCAUCCUGCAGAGUGCUCGUAGUUAACAGAAAGAAAUUUUGGGUUUUACCAAAGAGCGAACAGCACAGGUGAUCUCUCAAAGACACACUACUGACUUUUUCCUUUUUUCAAAUGCUGUCUCAAGAUGUAGCCGGGUGGUUAGCAACCAUUUUUAUGUGAUCUGAAACUCCUGCUGCCACCAAAUCCUAAAGCUACACCUUUUCUUUGUAUCUCUAGCUGUUACUGUCAGGACCAUGGUUGUGUUCUCUCUUUUUUUGUACUUUUUUAGAAAAGAAGAAGAAGAAAAAAAAAUGUAAAAAAAAUAAACCUAAAUAUAGCAAUACCAUAUUGUGAAGGAAGCUGAACUUUAUUCAGUGGCUACAACCUUAGUUCAGAUGAAACGAUGUGUGUUAUUGUGUGUUCAGUUCUUCGUCUCAUAUCUGUGAAACAUCUCAUAGGAGAGCAGUGUUCCUCCAGGUUCCUGGAAACGUGCAGUGUUGAUAUUCCAGUUUUUGGUUGAUUGCACUCACCACCGACACUUGUGCCUUUUACCCGAACAAACUCACAAUCAGAACCCUCCGUCUCCGAUUGUGACUGAAAAAAAAAAAUGAUGCAUGCGUUCAUUCAUUCAUUCAUUGGUCCCUCUGAAUUUUUUUUAAGCUUACUGUUUUAACAGAAGCAAAAUUUGCACUUUAUGUUAAAGAUUUUCUUUUAUUUGUUGGUUUCUCAUGAUGGAAGAAAAAAAAAAACGGUCAAACACUAAGAAUUGUGAUGCAAAUCAAUAAGAUGAUCCUUUGGAUAAAAACUUCAGAUAAUAGGAAGUAUUUCCUGUUUGUUUUUUAAAUUGUUACUUGACUGUUUGAGCAUGAUCACGUCUUUGUGUGUGUGUGUGUGUGUGUGUAUGAGGAAGAGAAGGACCAGAAGGAAGAAGGAGAGAGAAUGUUUAAGAAAGAUUGUUUAUUUAUGUGGCUAUUUAUUUAAAUAAAGUUCACUUCCUGAAGUA